GGCCAGGCCGGGCGCGGCGCCCCUACCAUGGAGAUCGAGAAGGAGUUCCACCGGCUCGACCAGGCCGCCAGCUGGGCCGCCAUCUACCAGACAGGCUCUUCUGAAUGCUCCAGAUAGAGAGGAGAUUGCCUUUACCUUAUCAAAUAAGAAUAUAUGCCUUUAUAAAUGAAACAUUACAGAAAAAAUAGUGGACAUCAGGCAUGAAGCCAGUGAUUUUCCAUGCAAAGUGGCCAAACAUCCCAGAAACAAAAACAGAAAUAGGUACAGAGAUGUCAGCCCCUUUGAUCACAGUCGAAUUAAGCUAAACCAAGGUGACAAUGACUAUAUCAAUGCUAGUUUGAUAAAAAUGGAAGAGGCCCAAAGGAGCUACAUCCUUACCCAGGGACCUUUGCCAAAUACUUGUGGUCAUUUUUGGGAGAUGGUUUGGGAGCAGAAAAGCCGUGGUGUUGUCAUGUUGAACAGAGUGAUGGAAAAGGGAUCUGUAAAGUGUGCACAGUACUGGCCACGGAAGGAGGAAAAAGAAAUGUUUUUUGAAGAUACAAACUUGAAACUAACGUUGAUAUCUGAAGAUAUAAAAUCAUACUACACAGUACGACAGCUAGAGUUGGAAAACCUUACAACAGAGGAAACCAGAGAGAUUCUGCACUUUCAUUAUACUACAUGGCCCGACUUUGGCGUCCCCGAGUCACCGGCCUCGUUCCUCAAUUUCCUCUUCAAAGUGCGGGAGUCGGGCUCGCUCAGCCCCGAGCAUGGGCCCGUCGUGGUGCACUGCAGCGCUGGCAUCGGCCGCUCGGGCACCUUCUGUCUGGUCGAUACCUGUCUGCUACUGAUGGACAAGCGGAAAGAUCCUUCUUCUGUGGAUGUCAAACAGGUUCUCCUGGAGAUGAGGAAGUACAGAAUGGGCCUCAUCCAGACAGCAGAUCAGCUCCGUUUCUCCUACUUGGCUGUUAUUGAAGGAGCAAAAUUCAUUAUGGGAGAUGCUUCGGUGCAAGAACAGUGGAAAGAGCUCUCCAAUGAAGACCUGGACCCCCCACCUGAGCACACCCCACCGCCUCCCAGGCCCCCAAAGCGAACCUCCGAGAUGCACAACGGGAGGAUGCACGAACACACAGAAUUCUUUCCAAAACAUCAAGUAGUAGAGGAGGAGAUCACGUGUUCAGUCAGCACUGUGGAAGAGACAGUUCCAGAUGGCAGAGCUCAUUCAUCUGUACCGCUGAUCCCAGACAGCACUAGUCAAGACACUGAAAUUCGGAGGAGAACUGUUGGGGAGAAUCUGCAUCUCUCGCCCCACAAGGAAGAGUCAGUGAAGUCGGAGAACUCGGAAGAGGACGAUGAGAACAUGACGACAACUUGGAAGCCAUUUCUAGUGAAUAUCUGCAUGUUCACUUUCCUCACGGCAGGAGCUUAUCUCUGUUACAGGGUGUGUUUUCACUGAUGGACCUCCAGCAAGGCCGAGCCUGCAGGGACACCGAGGGUUUGUAAUGAGCUUCUCUGGAGGAGAGCGAAGGGAGGCUCGAGAGCCUCGGCACGGGGAGGUAGAUCUUAGGUUGAAAGGCUGGAACUUUGGUUAGGGCUUAAAGAGAGAGUUGAUGCACUAGGGUUUUAUCUAGCCCUGUGGUCCCAAGAACAUAAUAUUCUAAUCUCAGGGCCUUAAAAUAUUCAGGAGUAAGCAGAAAAAAUGCCAAAUAGUUUGUUUUUCCUUUUUUUUUCUUUCUCUUUUUUUUUAAACUAAAUAAUAGAAUUACAACACAUUGUUGUUUUUAGCCUUUUUUAAAAAGCCAGUUCUUUUUCUUUUGUGUUUCAGAAAAACUAGGCACAAGUGAAACUUGCUUGUACUCUCCAAGUUGUUGUAACCAAAUACAUGACUUACAUUGACAGAUUCCCCCCCAAAAAGAGAAAGAAACCCACAUACCUGACGAAUGUAAACUCUUUGGAGGGGGGCAGUGAGGGGAGGGCUGUUUGUGGCUGGGUUUUUGUUUUGGUUUUUUUUUUCACUUGCUUCAUCAUUAAAGACUGAGUUGUGGGCAGUGCCUGUGGUAUCAAUAUAGUUAAUCUUGGCAUAACUCUUCUUCAAGAGCUGAUUGUUUUACAUAUGUUUAUAGAAACAGGCUUCUGCGUUUGCUCAGGGUAUCCCAACAUGUCAAGCUCUUUUAUUUUCUUUUUUUUUUGAUUAAGAAGUGUAUCUCCUCAUUGACUUUUGUUGCACUCUACUUGCACAUACGCCUAGUUACAUUGCACCAUCCUUUGUAAAGCUGUUUUUACUUUUAUAUUCUGGGUUAGGAGAGGUUGAGGGGAGGGAGAAAAACAGGAAGGGAAAUUCAACCAAACCAUCUCCACCAGCAUUGUGCAGUUGGCAUUGCAAAGGACCAGCUCUUUAACCUCCUCAAUGGGAAGGUAAAAGGCAGUUUCACUCUGCAUCUGCUCCGUCAGGAACAGCCCGAGUCCCGCGAGCGCCGGCGGCAUGCGGCAGGAGCCCGCGUCAGCGCAUCCUCAGCUCGUCCUGCUGUGGCAGCUGCCGGCAGACCCACGUGCACCAGGAGCCAGGGUGGGCUGGGGCCGUAGGGGUUGGCUCACGAUGCAAGCCUUGACGUGUUCUACUCUUUUUAAAGCAAAGAUGUAAAAUACUGGCUUUCAUUUGGCUUGAAGAGAUGCUCUUCAGUGAGGGCUGUGGGGGUGAGCCCACCUUGCCACGUUCUAUCUGUGCCCUUCCCCACAGGCCCAGGGCUGAAGGGACAUCAAGUGCUUGUAAAUAAGGGUCUGGGUGCUGGGCCUCCUGGUAGUACCAAAUUAUUCACAGCUGAAACAAUAAUAGCAAAGAUUGACUGUUUUUUUUUUUUUGCUUGUGUGGUGCUGCCGGGGCUGGGAGUAAACUCACUGCUGAGGGCUGGAGUGGUUCCAGCCCAGCCCUGACAGCUAAUUAGCAACAGAGCUACGCAGCUCUGUUAGACAUCCAGCACUUAACUCCCCUUGUCAGAGCAGCCAUGGCUGGGGAGCACCUGCUGACAGUCUCUCCCCACUCUGUAUUUAUUUUGCAAGGCUGGCUGUAGGUGUAGCUCUUCUCCUUCGCUGCAGACUUUGGUGAAUGGGGCCGGGCGUGGAAGUUGUUUCUGUUUUGUGUUUUGUUAAGCUUGCAUCAAGGGCUUUUCAAAAGGACAAUAAUAAAUCCUCAGGUAGUACUGGGCAUCGAUACUUCACCUGUGAGACUGUUGGUCAGACCAGUACUUGAAAGGAGGAAUGUUGUAAUCAGUCACUAUUUAGUUAUAUUAUUGGAAAGGUGAAAAAGAAGUAUAGAAAAAUGGUAAUAUAUAAUGGCUCAUCUGUGUAUUUAAGAGACAGUAUGUGAUGGCUUUGUCCCCACCACUCGCAGCAGGUGGUAGAAUAUUGUUCUAAGGCGACAGUUGUUCCCCCUUCGUAUUCAACUGCAUGUAAAGUCUUCUUAGUGUCCUAAUUAACCACCACCUGCUUGAAAGGUGAAAGAACUUCUAUUUCUGCUUCCUGAUGUGCCCAAAUUAUAUUUGCAUGAAGUGAUCAUUAAGUGGCUGUGGUUCAAAGGGUGUUGCUGAAAGUAUCUUCGUUCAGCGAGACUGGGUCGGUGUUUCCCAGAGAACAUGUACUCGCCUAAUCCGUGGCAUGACUUCCUCUUGAGUCCCUGCGUGCUCCGUGUCCCCAGGUGUUUAGCAUGGAUCAUUUCAGCCCAGUAAGUAUAGUACAGACAUUCCAGAGAGCGUGGUAAGCCCUGUGCACACCUCCCCCCACCGGGGCACAGCAAGGUUGGGGUGGGAUGGGCUGCAGGGAGAGGGGAGCCUCAGCUGCAGCCCCUGGCUCAGGAGUUGUGCAGGCUCGUGCAGGACUGGCCCAUCUGAAAAUAACCAGCAACUCCCUUCAACCUCCUCCCCAGAGGGAAUAUCUGAAAUUUGGGUUGUGGCAGGAAAGCAAAGCAUCCUUCCUUUGGAUCCAGGGUAACUGAUAGGAUAUCCUCUGCAGCUGAGGAUAAAGGCUUGACCACCCCCUUCCUGCAGCUGUUGCAAACGGGCACAGCCCGAGCUGGUCCCAAGCCCUGGAGGUGUGUGUAGGGCUUAGCCCACAGCCCCUUAACCCUUUCUGUUCUGCGUCCUGUAGCUGUCUGUGGUUGUGGGGGUGUGUGUAGACUGUAGCGUUUCACCGUGGGUGUAUUGGUUUAACCUGUUCUUGGGAAAUGGACAAACAUCCAUGUUAAACUCGUUAGAAAGUUAGUGAGCUGCUCUGCUAUAUGCCUUAAGCAAAUAUUUACUCAUCAGGUCUUUCUUUUUUACAGAUUGCCAUAAAAUAAACUUUUUUUAAAAAAAACCUUUAAAAACCCCAAAAAAGCUCAAUGUUUUGGUAUAACACAUUUUCAGGUAUCUUGUCUUUUGUGUAAGCCGCUGCAAGGACCUCCCAGGUUACAGUAAAAUUGUACAGUUUUUCAAUUUCCCAUACAAGUUUUCAGUUCUCAUUUUAGUUGUAACAAUAAAAUCCUUUUUUUAAAGAA